UAAGGGGAGAGGCUGUCCCACGCCACGUCCCCUUUAAAUCCCCAAAACCCGUCGCCAAAUCGGAUCCGCUCACCGGCUUCCCGCCCCUCAUCUCGUUUACUGCGAUCGAGAGGGAUGGGGAAGAAUUCGAGGAAGUGCGGAGGCGUCGGGAAACGAGAGGUGAGGACGAGGGCGGCGCAAAAGCUGGCCCUCGCAGUGGCGGCCAGCCCCCAGAGCCCGAAGAGGGAGAAGGCGGUCGUUAGGGAAGAGCGCCAAAUCUCGAACCUCGAGCUCCGGAACCGCAGCGUCAUCCUCAAGCCUCGUAUCGCGAGAUCCACCGCAACUUCCGCUAGCCGUCGCCGUUCCUGCCCCGAACUCGGUCGCAUCUUUCGGUGUCCCAGCGAUGUUUCAUGCGAGCCGGCGGUGCCGGCACGAUCGGCGGAGGAAUUGGACGCUACGACGUUCUACAGCUGCAAUGUCGAAAGGGGAGAGAUGAUCGCCUCCAAUAACCCUGAUGAGGGAGCAAGCGACCCGGAAUUGGCAGCGGAGAGGGAGUCGCGCAGGAGAUCGAUGGUUGUGGCAACGCCGUCGGAGACUGAGCUCGAGGACUUCUUCGCGGCGGCGGAGAUAGACCUGCGUCGGCGUUUCACGCAGAAGUACAACUUCGACGUCGUCGACGACGUGCCCUUGGCCGGACGGUUCGAUUGGAUUCCGUUAACCCCAUGAAGAAGGACGAGGAGAACGAAACAAGAAGGAAAUAGAAACUAUUUCUUCUUUUCCUUCUCAUCAUCGACAUCGUGAUUAAAAUCGUCCGCAGCUCCUGCGCUCACCAUCUACCAUAUCGUCUCGCCUCAUCGCCUCGUGGGGACGAGCGGACGUAGGAAGGUGAAGUUACCGCGAAAGGUAGUAGUACUAAACUACUAAUACAAAAAUCCCCACAUGAUUUUCCACGUGGCAUGCCCCUUUCCUUGUUGCAAAAGCUGAGGCGAGUAUUUUAUUCCGAAAAAUUGGUAAAAGGAAAUUUGCAGCCUUUUUCUUGCUC